AUGCCGUCCUCCAAUUUCAGCAGCUCCUCUUCAUCCACCGCUGCCGGCGAGAAAUCUCGGAUUCCUCCCGACUACGAGUGGAAGUACCACAGCGGUCAUGAGUCCAGUCGCCUCUGUUCCUGCAAGACUUGCUCCUGUGGUGCUGCUGUCCCCUACGCCGGCGACCUCUGUGACGACUGCUCCAAGCCACACUAG